GCAUUGACAUUUGUAACGCAAGCAAAGCAAAAGCAACAUUGAUUGCAUGGUAUGAAUUCUUUAGUUUCAUUUAUUUUCGUUAAUCUUUUUGUAAUCGUGAUUAGAAGUAAUAACAAAUAUAAAGUUCUAUAAACACAUGAAAAAUGGGUUGCGAUGGCGGUACUAUUCCACGUCGUGAUGAACUCGUUCGGAUGAAAAAGAAACCAGAACAGAAAGACAAAGAUGCAGAGCGCUCAUUUAAAUGGCGAAACUGCGCUCUAUCACAGCAGAGAUUGCAGGAGCCAGUUGUGGCCUGUGGCCUCGGACGACUCUAUAGCAAAAGUUCUAUACUUGAAGCUCUGCUAGAUAAGGAAACAAAGCCAGAUUCCAUCAAACACAUCAAGAAUUUGAAGGACAUCAAAGAUCUGAAACUAGCCAAGAACCCAGCCUAUGUUGAGACCGAGCAUACAGAUGGAGCUGUAGGUGAUGGGAAUGCCCCGUACAUCUGCCCCAUCAGCGGGAUAGAGAUGUCAGGCAAGUUCCGCUUUGUGUUCCUGUGGAGCUGUGGUUGUGUCUUGGCUGAGCGAGCACUGAAGGAGGUCAAACAGAAAAUCUGUCAUAUGUGCCAGCAACCCUUCACGGAUGAUGAUGUUGUAGUGCUAAAUGGGACAGAUGAGGACAUUGAAAAACUCCACAUCAAAAUGGCCACACGAGUCACCCAGAGAAAAACGACCAAAAAGCCCAAAGGAGAAAAAGUUAAAGUUGAAAUUAAAACAGAACCGGCCACUCCCUCACACAAAAAAACAGAGACAACUGAAGAGAAGAAAACAGAAGAGCCAAAGCCGGGCUGUAGCGCGUCAGUAAAAAAAGAAAUUGAAACAAUACCAUUGUCUUUGCCCAAAUAUAAUCCUAAUAAACAAGCGAGGGGUCACUUUGGGUCAAACAAACGCGCCCCACACGCAGAUCUCGAUGACCCGUCAUACAAGAAGACUAAGAAAGACUACAGUGUAGCCAAAGACCCACAAAGCAGUGAAGUCUACAAAUCCUUGUUUACAUCGCAUAAGAGUGAUCAAGAACAGAAAAGAGCACAUUGGGUUACAUAUAACCCAUUCUAUAACUAAUAUUGUAUACUGACAUGUCGACGGUUUAAAACAAGCCUUGUGUGUUGUACAAAUUGAGCCGUUGUGGGAGGAUAUGCGCGCCGUGUUUCCGCGAAUAAAAAUCCUCUAAUUUGAAUAGGACUGGCGAGCGUCGUUAUUUAAGCAGCAGUUGAUAGUUGGGAUAUUGUAUAUAGAAAUAAAACGAUUUUUUUAAGAUGUGUUAAUUUCAUGACUUAAAAACUCAAUAUUGCACCAACAAAUAUUGCACAAAAUUAUAAAUUUACCAAUAAAAAAAUACAACAAAA